GGGGAAUUGAUUGUACGUCGAUACGUACUAGCGCAAUUGAGUCCACAGAUAUACAUGUAGCAACUGGCCGCUGGCACCCGGGUCUCAGACAAAAUAUACCAGCUCGCUCAGGCUAGAGUUGGUAAAAUGCGAAAGCAGGCCCAUGACUUGUUGCCUCCUGAUACUCGAGGCUCGUAAGAGGGCAUAUCGAAAGGAUGGAGCGAGCACUGCCCAUCAUGCCGAACACAUGCUCGAGUGGCCAGUCCUUCGGAAUGCAUCGGCCAUGCAAAGAGAUGUGCUCCCCCGCCUCGUCUACCGCCAAUGGAACGUCUAACCCUUCAUGGAUCGCGGACACAAUGUCCAGCACGGUAACCGGCCCCGUUUGUACCACAAUUCCACUAGGCAGAGGCCGACCUAUGAGAUGCAGCAGCA